AUGAAGUCUGAAGUUCAAGCUGUCAAUUUGAUUGAAAAAAUUGAAUCUUUUCAUUUCUUAUGUUCAAUACAUGUAUGGCAUGAUAUUCUAGUAAAUCUUGCAAAAAAUGAUGUUUCACAUAGCUAUCCUAGAUCAACAGGCGUACAUCAAGAAGAGCUAUAUGAAGAGAAUAGUAUUAUGCCACAUCGUGCUCCGCUCUAUCCAACGGCUGUAUCAGCGAAACGAUCUUAUGAAGUAAAACCGAUGAUAGUCGAGAAUCAUCCAGUUGAACCAUCUGUCGUAAAUGUUGAUGGUAGCGAACAGCCAGUCAAGGUGAUUUUUCAUACUCAAUCAAGUCCAAUGAUGGUUCGUCAAAUACAUACACCACGUAAACCGUUAGAAGUUGAACGAAAAAAUACAAUAGACGAACCACAUCGCGUCAUACAUGCCGUGAUGCGACCAGUAAUUCAGGAAGUGCGAGAAAUUAUUCAACCAUAUCGUCGCCUUACACAGGAAAUUCGUCCAGUGUUAGAGGAAGUACAUACCAUCGUUUCCAAAGAUGACCGAGACGAACAAUCGGGAACUAUGACAAUGCAACCUGGAAUGAAUGGACCUCCAACCAUGUCUUAUUCUUCUUCCAAUCAACAUCUUCAACGUUCACCACAACAACGUUACAACAAUCGAAUGCUUGAUUUGGGUGCCGAAAAUGGAAAUUUAGCCACUCAAACAUCCAAUGGUUAUCGUCAACGGGAUAUGAUGACUCCAAUGCAAUCGAAUACGAUCAAAAUGAUUCGAAUGAAUCGAGAUUAUGGUGUAGAUUACAGUGGUAAUAAUCAAUUAGUGGCCAUUCUUACUGACCAAUUCGGACAUGCAACUACAGCCGCAGGAAAUUCCGCAUCAAUUGGACCACCAAUAUUGAUGGCAGCAGGAUCAUUGAAUUAUCGCCAACAGAUGUCACCACAGAUGUCGUCAAAGAAUAUAUCACCAUCCAAAUCAAUUCCAAUGACAAACAGUGUGUUUGGCGAUAUUCCAAUUGAAACAUUAUUUAAUUUAAAAUUAAAUCGUAAUAGAAAACCACGAUUGUAAAAGAU